AUGGCUCCAGCUUCCGCCUCCCUCCUCCCCGCCGCCAGCUCCAACGCCGGCACCAAGCGCCCCUUCGCCCCGGAAGAUUCCGACGCUACUGAACUUCCACGGGCACUCCCGCAGGUCCAGGAGAGCGCGCCGGGCAAGAAGAACGGCAACGGCCAGAGCCAGCAGCAGCAGCCGAAGCUGGAGUGCCCGCGGUGCAGCUCCACCGACACCAAGUUCUGCUACUACAACAACUACAGCACCACGCAGCCGCGCCACUACUGCCGCACCUGCCGCCGCUACUGGACGCAAGGCGGCACGCUGCGCAACGUCCCCGUCGGCGGGGCAUGCCGCCGCCGCGGCAGCAGCAAGCGCUCCGCCGAGCCCCAGACGACCUCCUCUGACUCGCCGCAGCCGGAACUGCACGAGACGCGCCCUCUCUCCAACCACCCGCUCCCAGUCUUCCCGUUCCUCACCGAAGGCGGCCCUGUCUUCCUGCCGCAGUUCGAUCUCGGGCUCGGCGGGUUCCCCUGGACACCGGCGACCACGGACCACCUCUACAACGGGCUCGCGGCCCCGUGGGGUGGCUGCGACCAGGCGCUCGCCCCCACCGGCGCGUGCGACGACUUCGGCGGCCUCGAGCUCACCUGGCCUCUGGCGGCCGGAAACUGA